UCGAUCGCCCGUUUCUCUUCGCCCCCCCUUCCCCUCCCCCUUUUCCUCCUUCUCGCCCCGACUCCCCAACCCCUUUCCCCUCCUCCCAUCUCUCCUUAAACGGGAUUCCGGCUCGGGACGGCACCACCGGGCAUCCCGCGGCGGCAGCCCCCGGGGCUCCGGCAGGUCCCCGCUGUCCCUACUCGCACGCAUACACACACAUACACUCACCCCACCCCGAGAAGCAGUGAGAAUUAUAACCCCCCCUCCUCCCCACCCCGUCCCCCGCUUCUCUCCCUUUAACCCCUCUCACCGGUGUGGCAAACCGAUCCGGGGGUGCCGUGUCCGCUCGGGAGGGCUCAACCCAAAGCAGCCCCCGGUCCCGGGGGGGUACGAUGAGGUAGAGGGCGGCGGCGGAGCGCCCGGCCGGGGGCCGCGGCAGGAGGGCAUGAAACGGAGAGCUGCGGGGAUGGGAGGCAGCGCUCGCUGCUGAGAACCGGCAGCGGCCAAGCUCCGAGGACGGCAGCUCGUAUAGCUCACAGGGAUCCGCUUUUCACCAUGGGAUUGCAGCUGGCGCUCCUGCUCGCAGGGAUCGUCGCGCUCUCGGACUCAGCGAGAGGCCCUCCGAGGAUUGCCGAUAAAGUGAUCCACCGUCAGUCAGUGAGGCUGGGCAGGACCAUCAAGCUCCUGUGCCCGGUGGAAGGUGAUCCCCCACCCCUCACCAUGUGGAUGAAAGAUGGACGCACCAUCCACAGUGGCUGGACGAGGUUCCGGAUCCUUCAGCAAGGGCUGAAAAUCAAAGAGGUAGAGAGCGAAGAUGCGGGAACCUACAUUUGCAAAGCCACCAAUGGUUUCGGCAGCACCAAUGUGAACUACACCCUCAUCGUGAUAGAUGACACCAGCUCAGGAAAGAACAGCCAGACACCUGAAGGCUCUAAUGGAGAAUAUGAAGAUCAUUCUGGGAAGCAAUGGGCCCAGCCCAGGUUCACCCAGCCUGCAAAGAUGAGACGCAGAGUCAUCGCCCGUCCUGUUGGCAGCUCCAUCCGUCUGAAGUGUGUGGCCAGCGGCAACCCACGGCCUGACAUCACGUGGCUGAAGGACAAUAAGCCCCUCAUGCCCCAUGAGACUGGAGAGAACAAGAAGAAGAAGUGGACACUGAACCUGAAGAAUCUGAAGCCAGAGGAUAGUGGGAAAUACACCUGCCGAGUGUUUAACAAAGUUGGGGAGAUCAAUGCGACUUACAAAGUUGAAGUGAUCCAGAGAACGAGAUCCAAGCCCAUCCUGACAGGGACACACCCCGUCAACACAACGGUAGACUACGGUGGGACCACAUCCUUCCAGUGUAAAGUCCGCAGUGAUGUCAAACCUGUCAUCCAGUGGCUGAAGCGGGUGGAGUAUGGCACAGAGAGCAAGUACAACUCUACCAUUGAUGUCGGGGGACAGAAGUUUGUUGUGCUACCCACAGGGGAGGUCUGGUCCCGUCCUGAUGGCUCCUACCUGAACAAACUGAUGAUUACUCGAGCCAAGGAAGAGGAUGCAGGGAUGUACAUUUGCUUAGGGGCAAACACCAUGGGCUACAGUUUUCGCAGUGCUUUUCUCACAGUCCUGCCAGAUCCCAAGCCUCCGAGUGCACCUGUGCCCCCCUCCUCAGCCAGCAGCCUUCCCUGGCCUGUGAUCAUCGGCAUCCCUGCUGGGGCGGUCUUCAUCUUUGGGACAAUCCUCCUGUGGCUUUGCCAGACCAAGAAGAAACCUUGCUCCCCACCAGCUGCUGCCCCUGUGCACCGGCCGCAGCCCCGGGACAGGAUCUGUGUUUCCCAGGUCCCAGACAAAGACUGCAUCUCCUCCAUAAACUAUGAGGAAUACGUCGCCCAGCAGCAGCAUUUACUGUCCCAAGGGCCUGCGCUCGCUCCAGCCAUGGCAUCCAAAAUGUACCCAAAGAUUUACACGGACAUCCAUACCCACACCCACUCGCAUGUGGAAGGCAAAGUCCACCAGCACCAGCACAUUCAGUACCAGUGCUAAGAGGGCGGCCGUGUACAGAAGCUCAUGGGGGCUUUUCCUCCUGGUACCUCAGAAGAGACUGCUCAAAGUCAGCUCACACUGCCAGCAGUAGGCAAAGCAGACAGAAAAGAUUAUAUAUAUGAUUUUAAAUAUAUAUAUACAUAUAUAUAUAAUUGUAUAUGCGUGUGUAUGUGUGUAUAUAUAUAUGUGUAUAUAUCUAUAUCUAUCUAUAUAAAUAUAUAUAUAAUAGAGAAAGACAGAGAAAAGAGAUUCUUUUUUUUUUUUUUUUAAUUAUUGCAAUCAGGAUGUAGCCAAGGAAUAAUGAAGGAACUCCAAAUCCCAGCAGCUAGGCAGCUGUCUCCACCAGUGGAACCUUCCUGGAUUUUUUAAGUAAGGUGGUGGCAAGUGAGACAGGAUGUAGGGAUAUAAACCACCGCCUCCUUCUGUUGCUAAAAGGAGCAAAAAAAGGUGACAUGGUGCUUUUCUAGGGCAGGCACCCCUGUUCUUGUGCUUGCUGCAUAUCGUGUUUUGGUGGGAAGACCCCAGACCUGUCCCAUUUAUGUGGGAGAACCUUUUCCCUUAGAAUGACUCAAGCUGUAAAGAUUUAGUUCCAAAGCACAAGGAGAAAUGACCAACUCACCUCUUCCUAAUAACACAAGGGGAAAAAAAAAAAAGAAUUUAUGUUCCCAAAGUGAAAUGUGGAAUGUUUCUCAAGCACAGUUGUCUUGUCUAUAAUGCUAACCAAGAUGCUUGCUUCAAUUUCUUCAAGUUAAAGGCAUUGAGUUCCCCCAUAGAGGGUUUUACAGAGCAAAUGUCACUGCCCUAGUCCCAGGACUCAGUGCCACUGCCAUGAAAAAGGAAGGAAGGAAAGAGGAACGUUGUACAGAACACCUUUAUAUUUAUAUUUAAGAAAUAAUAAUAAUUAAUAAUAAUAAUAAUUGAACUGCUGAUGGUGAAGAAAGCAAAACACGCUGCCCUUCUCUGAUGGCUUAUGGUGACAAGCUACUGGAUUCUCUACAUCAAUGCAAGAUACGUGAGAACAUAAGGAGAAACAGAAAAAGAAAAUGAAAUAAUAAUAUUGUAGGAAAAAUUGCAUUUGAGAAAUAUUCACCUAGGUUGUGUGUGGUUGUCCCCUCCCCACAGGUAGCAUUUUGGAAAUGAUACAGUUUCAUUCCGGUUUGAACAACGGUGAAAACAGAAAUAAAAGAGAUUAAUUAAGGGCCAUAUUAAAUACCUGUAUGGACUGGAAAUUAAUCCAAAUGCAAAUACAAAACCUUUGUAAUUCUAUAUAGAGUUUAAACAGAAGUCAUGUAUAUUUAAUUUAUUUUGUUAAACAAGAAAAAAAAUGUAUGAUAUUUUCCUCAAGACUGGCAUUUCUAUGCAUAUUUUUGAUCAAAGAAAAUAAAGAUUUUUUUUUUGCAGGUUCUAUAGAUA